AUGCACAGUCACAACACCAUCGAUCAGAUCCCCAUGCACAUGCAAUACUCAAGCGAUCCCGAGCAAGACACCGAAACACACCACGAUUACAUCACCGGAAUUAUCCAGAUCCCGAUUCACAUCCCGAUUCAGGUCUCGAUUCACAUCCCGAUUCAGGUCUCGAUUCAGGUCUCGAUUCAGGUCUCGAUUCAGGUCUCGAUUCAGGUCUCGAUUCAGGUCUCGAUUCAGGUCUCGAUUCAGGUCUCGAUUCAGGUCUCGAUUCAGGUCUCGAUUCAGGUCUCGAUUCAGGUCUCGAUUCAGGUCUCGAUUCAGGUCUCGAUUCAGGUCUCGAUUCAGGUCUCGAUUCAGGUCUCGAUUCAGGUCUCGAUUCAGAUCUCGAUUCAGAUCCCGAUUCAGGUCUCGAUUCAGGUCUCGAUUCAGGUCUCGAUUCAGGUCUCGAUUCAGGUCUCGAUUCAGGUCUCGAUUCAGGUCUCGAUUCAGAUCCAAACACAGAUUCUGAUUCUGACACAGAUUCUGACACAGAUUCCCAUCCAUUUUCCGAUCAAUUUUCCGAUCCAUUUUCCGAUUCCGAACCCGAGACCCUCCAAUGAGGAGACCAUAGAUGGAUGA